AUGGAUAAUUUGGAUAAAGAUAAUAGCAAUACAGAUACCCCAGCAAACUUAGAGUCUAUCCCAAAUAUAAGUUUGUUACUCCAGCUAUUAGCGAACCUAACAGCUCUGCAACAAGCUGCUAUAAUGAUUACUAAGCAAAAUCAACAAACAUCCUCUGCACUAACUCAAUCUACUAAUUCUGCUACUUCUAUUAGUUCUAUGCCAUCAAAUGCUCUUAUAAGCGUCAUUAAUACAUCGUUUAAAAGUGACUUUCCAACCUUUCCUGUUUCGGUUGGAGACUUUGUUUUGCAAAAAAUAACUGAGGAUAUUGUUGGAAAUUGGGCUGAGACUGAACGAAAGAAAAUAAUUAAAGAAGCCCAAAUAAAAAGUAUUGAUCCGCCUCCAAAACGCAAAAACAUUAUACCACCUAAUUCGAAAUUCAAGAAAAUGAAGACAAUUCCACCUGCGCCAAAUACUGAUGCUGAUCUUCCACCUGUGCUAAUUUCCAAUUCGACGUCAAGUACUAAUGCUGAUCUUAUACCCAUGCCAAUUUCCAACGAACUGUUGACUAUUGACGCUAAUUUACAAUUAGCUUCAGCUAUGGAAAGUCAAGAGUCUGAAACUACUAAUUUAAACGUGGCUCUUAAUGCUUCACAAUUACAAGAAGAAGUCGUGAAAAAUUCUGGUAAAUUUAAUGAUUGGCAUUUAUUAAUAUUUAUGAAACUCAUAUAUAAUACUUUAUUUAUUCAAUAA